AUGGACGUGGACGCUGAGGAGAAGCGCCAUCGCACACGGUCCAAAGGGGUUCGAGUUCCUGUGGAGCCAGCCAUACAAGAGCUGUUCAGCUGUCCCACUCCUGGCUGCGAUGGCAGUGGUCACGUCAGUGGCAAAUAUGCACGACACAGAAGUGUAUAUGGUUGUCCCUUGGCUAAAAAAAGGAAAACGCAAGAUAAACAGCCCCAAGAACCUGCUCCCAAGCGAAAACCAUUUGCAGUGAAGGCAGAUAGCUCCUCCGUAGACGACUGUUAUGAGAGUGACGGAACUGAGGACAUGGAUGAGAAGGAGGAGGAUGAGGAAGAGGAGUUCUCUGAGGACAAUGAUGAGCAAGGGGAUGAGGAUGAUGACGAUGAGGAGGUGGAUCGGGAAGACGAGGAGGAGAUCGAGGAGGAAGAUGAUGAUGAUGAUGAUGAUGAUGACGAUGAAGAAGAAGAAGAAGAAGAAGAUGGGGAUGAUGUAGAAGAAGAUGAGGAGGAGGAGGAGGAAGAAGAGGAAGAAGAGGAAGAGGAAGAAGAAAAUGAAGACCAUCAAAUGAGUUGUACUCGAAUAAUGCAAGACACAGAAAAGGAUGAUAACAACAAUGAUGAGUAUGAUAACUACGAUGAACUGGUGGCCAAGUCACUAUUAAAUCUUGGCAAAAUUGCUGAGGAUGCAGCAUACCGAGCCAGGACUGAGUCAGAGAUGAACAGCAACACCUCCAAUAGCUUGGAGGAUGAUAGCGACAAAAAUGAAAACCUCGGUCGGAAAAGUGAACUAAGCCUAGAUUUAGACAGUGAUGUCGUCAGAGAAACAGUGGACUCCCUUAAGCUGCUAGCACAAGGACAUGGUGUUGUGCUAUCAGAUAACAUCGGUGACAGAAGUUAUGCUGAAGGAAUGUCCCAACAAGACAGUAGAAAUAUGAACUAUGUCAUGCUAGGGAAGCCCAUGAACAAUGGGCUCAUGGAGAAGAUGGUGGAGGAGAGCGAUGAGGAGGUGUGUCUAAGUAGUCUGGAGUGUCUGAGGAACCAGUGCUUUGACCUGGCCAGGAAACUCAGUGAGACCAACCCACAGGACAGGAGUCAGCCACCCAACAUGAGUGUGCGUCAACAUGUCCGGCAAGAGGACGACUUCCCUGGGAGGACACCAGACAGGAACUACUCAGAUAUGAUGAACCUUAUGCGGCUGGAGGAGCAGCUCAGCCCCAGGUCUAGAACGUUCUCCAGCUGUGCCAAGGAGGAUGGGUGUCAUGAGAGGGAUGAUGACACCACCUCAGUGAACUCAGACAGGUCUGAGGAGGUAUUUGACAUGACCAAGGGCAACCUGACUCUGCUAGAGAAAGCCAUUGCCUUGGAGACAGAGAGAGCCAAGGCCAUGAGGGAGAAGAUGGCCAUGGAUGCUGGGAGAAGGGAUAACCUGAGAUCCUAUGAGGACCAGUCUCCAAGACAGCUGGCUGGUGAAGACAGAAAAUCCAAAUCCAGUGACAGCCAUGUCAAAAAGCCAUACUAUGGUAAAGAUCCCUCAAGAACAGAAAAGAGAGAGAGCAAGUGUCCAACCCCCGGGUGUGAUGGAACCGGCCACGUAACUGGGCUUUACCCGCAUCACCGCAGUCUGUCUGGAUGCCCGCACAAAGAUAGGGUCCCUCCAGAAAUUCUUGCCAUGCAUGAAAAUGUUCUCAAGUGUCCCACUCCAGGCUGCACAGGGCGAGGGCAUGUGAAUAGCAACAGGAACUCGCACAGAAGCCUCUCUGGAUGCCCUAUUGCUGCUGCAGAAAAACUGGCAAAGGCCCAAGAGAAACACCAGAGCUGUGACGUGUCCAAGUCCAACCAGGCCUCAGACCGUGUCCUCAGGCCAAUGUGCUUUGUCAAGCAACUUGAGAUUCCUCAGUAUGGCUACAGAAACAAUGUCCCCACAACAACACCGCGCUCCAACCUGGCCAAGGAGCUUGAGAAAUAUUCCAAGACUUCGUUUGAGUACAACAGUUACGACAACCAUACUUAUGGCAAAAGAGCCAUAGCUCCCAAGGUGCAAACCAGGGACAUAUCCCCCAAAGGAUAUGAUGAUGCCAAGCGGUACUGCAAGAAUGCCAGCCCCAGCAGCAGCACCACCAGCAGCUAUGCACCCAGCAGCAGCAGCAACCUCAGCUGUGGCGGUGGCAGCAGCGCCAGUAGCACGUGUAGCAAGAGCAGCUUUGACUACACGCAUGACAUGGAAGCCGCACACAUGGCAGCCACAGCCAUCCUCAACCUGUCCACACGUUGCCGUGAAAUGCCACAGAACCUGUCCACCAAGCCACAGGACCUGUGCACUGCCCGGAACCCAGACAUGGAAGUGGAUGAGAAUGGCACCCUGGACCUGAGCAUGAACAAGCAAAGGCCUCGAGACAGCUGCUGCCCAGUUCUGACCCCCCUGGAGCCCAUGUCCCCUCAGCAGCAGGCAGUGAUGAGCAGCAGGUGCUUUCAGCUGAGUGAGGCAGAUUGCUGGGACUUACCUGUAGACUACACUAAGAUGAAGCCUCGGAGGGUGGACGAGGAUGACCCCAAAGAGAUCACCCCAGAAGACUUGGACCCAUUCCAGGAGGCCCUCGAAGAAAGAAGGUAUCCAGGGGAAGUGACUAUUCCAAGCCCCAAACCCAAGUACCCCCAGUGCAAGGAAAGCAAAAAGGACUUAAUAACUCUGUCUGGCUGCCCUCUGGCGGACAAAAGCAUUCGAAGUAUGCUGGCCACCAGUUCACAAGAGCUCAAGUGCCCCACCCCUGGCUGUGACGGUUCUGGACACAUCACUGGCAAUUAUGCUUCUCAUCGAAGCCUCUCUGGGUGCCCACGAGCAAAGAAGAGUGGCAUUCGGAUAGCACAGAGCAAAGAGGACAAGGAGGACCAGGAGCCAAUCAGGUGCCCUGUCCCUGGCUGUGACGGUCAGGGCCACAUCACUGGGAAGUAUGCAUCCCACCGCAGCGCCUCCGGGUGCCCCUUAGCGGCCAAGAGGCAGAAAGACGGGUACCUCAACGGCUCCCAGUUCUCCUGGAAGUCAGUCAAGACUGAGGGCAUGUCGUGUCCUACUCCUGGGUGUGAUGGGUCGGGGCACGUCAGUGGCAGCUUCCUCACGCACCGCAGCUUGUCAGGAUGUCCAAGAGCCACCUCAGCAAUGAAGAAAGCAAAGCUGUCUGGAGAACAGAUGCUGACUAUUAAGCAGCGAGCCAGCAAUGGUAUAGAAAAUGAUGAAGAAAUCAAGCAGUUAGAUGAAGAGAUAAAGGAGCUUAAUGAGUCCAAUUCCCAAAUGGAGGCCGACAUGAUCAAACUCAGAACUCAGGUAACAAUCACCACAAUGGAGAGCAACCUAAAGACGAUUGAGGAGGAGAACAAAGUCAUUGAGCAGCAGAACGAGUCGCUCCUGCACGAGCUGGCCAACCUGAGCCAGUCCCUGAUCCACAGCCUCGCCAACAUCCAGCUGCCUCACAUGGAUCCAAUCAAUGAACAAAAUUUUGAUGCUUACGUGACUACUUUGACGGAAAUGUAUACAAAUCAAGAUCGUUAUCAGAGUCCAGAAAAUAAAGCCCUACUGGAAAAUAUAAAGCAGGCUGUGAGAGGAAUUCAGGUCUGA